UUCGCCAUGACAAGGCCGCCUAAAUCAAACGCCGAGCUAGUAGCGCCUCUGGGACCCGCACGAAGUCACUCCUUCCUGCUCAGCAUGUCUCGGCGCGGCCACGAGGCGUUUGCGGCCACUCCCGAGGCCGACGAGUCCUUUCCUGUAGAGCCGUCGGCGGAGGCGGUUAAAACGCGCGUGCGGGCCGUGGCUCAGUUUCUGCGGCGAAUGCUGCGGCUGUGCAGGGCUCACACGGUGGAGUUUUUUACGCAGGGUCUGUGGGAGAAGAUGGUGGCGCUUGCUCCGGAGACUGUGUUGGAGGCGCUGAGCGGGGAGAGGCUUCAACGACUCCUAGAAGAGCCUCCUUCGCAGCGCCCUCUAGAGGAGGCUGCCGAUGGCUGUGAUUUUUCCAGUAUUUUCUGCAAAAAUUCUCAGAAGCUGGUCAAUGUGAGGGCUUUUGCUCUGGCUGCCAAGUACUAUUCGAUGCCAAAUCUUGGAGUAUGCACCUCUUUAGAAGAGAUGCUUAAAAUAUUGAAUAGCCGACAGCAACCACAAUCUGAUGUCGAAAUGAAAACCGAUGACUUCAUGAAUAAUAAGAAGUCACACGAGGUGCAGUUGAUGUCUGCAUUGGUGGAUGGCAUUGCAAAGUAUAAUGGCUUAAAUCAGGUGAUUGACCUGGGCUCUGGAAAAGGCUACCUGAGCUCCUUCUUGUCUAUGCAAUAUAAUCUGAAGGUUUAUGGAAUUGAUUCUUCAAAUACAAACACCCAUGGAGCUAACGAAAGGAACAGGAAAUUGAAAAAACACUGGAGAGCCUAUCAAAGUCGGGCAAGAGCAAAUGUCAGAGGCCAAGUGUUAGAAGAGGAAAAAGAAAGACCAGAGCAAGAUAAAGAGAAAUGUAAAGUAAAUAUCAGUGAAAAGCUCUUAAGUACUAAUAACAGUCUUCAAAGACAGGCCCAGGUGGCUACUCCAGAUUCUGUUCUUUUUGAAACAGCUGAUGUUUUCACAGACUCUGAUAUAUCUAUUACUAACAAACAAUAUGAACUUCCCUCUGGGGCUCAGCUGCAGCUCUACGAGAAUGACAUUUCAGAAAAUAUGUUCCUAAAUAUUUUGCCUGCUGAUGCUGUGGAAAUGGACUGUUCACCCAAAAGUAAUUGCAGGGAGCUCUGUGAAGAGGAGAAAGAACGAAGGAAGAUGGCAUCUCUUAAAGCCAAAGCAAGCAGGUCAAAGGAAGCUAACAUAUAUUCUCCGUUAACAUCGUAUAUCACUGCGGAAACAGAGCUAAGUGAUAUUGUUACAGAUUUAGAGGACUGCGUAAUGGUGGGUCUGCACACAUGUGGUGAUCUUGCUCCAAGCACUCUCCGCAUUUUUACUUCUAAGCCUGAGAUUAAGGCAGUUUGUAGUGUGGGUUGCUGCUACCAUCUGCUGUCAGAGGAACAUGAAACUCAGAAAGGUGACUUUCAAGGAACAUGGGGUUUCCCCAUGUGUCAGAAUUUAAAGGAAGAGGCUUGGUUCUGUGGUCGUAAUGCUAGAAUGGCAGCCUGUUUGGCUCUGGAACGAGUUGCAGUUGGCCAAGUGCUGCCUACAGAAUCAUUGUUUUAUCGAGCUGUCCUACAGGUUAUUAUAGAAGAAUUUUAUGGAGUCAACAGAAGUGAUCGAAAUAUUGGGAAAGUAUUUUCUAAAUCAUCUUCCUUCCUUGAUUAUGUUAGAAAAUCCUUAAAAAAACUUGAACUUGAUGAGUCAAAGAUUUCAGACAGCCUCAUAAUGGAGUACUUUGGAAAAUACAAGCACAGAAUGAAUGAGCUGGAAGCUUUUAAUAUGUUGAAAGUUGUUCUGGGACCAUGCAUAGAGGCAUUGAUACUUCUGGAUCGUCUGUGCUAUCUCAAAGAACAGGACAACCUUGCCUGGUCUGGUCUGGUGAAGUUAUUUGAUCCCAUAAAAUCCCCCAGAUGCUAUGCAAUUGUGGCUAUGAAGAAACAGACAUUUCACAUGCAACCAAAUUGCUAGCGAAGCGCUGAACUGAUGCUGCUGCUGUAUUGUAUUUUUAGACUCUGUUUGGUUUUAUGAUUAUUAAGCAUUCCACUGAUAUUUUAAAUUAAGAUCUAUUCAGUGUGUUUGUGAACCAUGGUAAAUGAAUCAGAAAAAUAAAACACCAACUGUCACUGUUAUAACUGCAUAAAACUCCUGACAUUUUAUAUUAUUCUUAGAUGAAUACCUUGACUGGGUUUUGUUACUUUCUCAUGAAAAGAAGGCAAAGCUACAGUGCAGUCCAAAUUAGAAUUAUAUCGUUUGAAAUCAGUGUAUUAGAAUAGUCUGUCUGUUUAGGAUGGUGCCACCUUUUAACCUCUUGGGAGGCAGAUCCCAGCCAUCCCAUCUGUCUUCUCUGCACUAAACAGACAGGGUCUACCAUCUAAUUUAGCCUGCUGCAAAAUGAUUUUUCCCCAUUUGGCAGUGCUGAUUUGUGAAGGGAAACAAGAGUGAGGUGGUGACUUUUGUUCUCCUCAUAGGAGCGUGUGCUGGGCCACAAGGCACAGCAGUGAAUUGAUACUUGUGAAAGGGAUGGGAGAGAAGACCUCUUACAUGUAAGGCUGGCAAAGCUUCAGUCAUGCAUUAUGUUACUCCUGCUUUGUUUAUUGUUUCCUAUCAAAGGCCAUUCACAUGCGCAAUACUGCCUUGGGCCAUUGGCAUAGUAAGUGCAUAGUUGUAAUUUGUUUAUUGUACCCAUCCUUUGUCAACCUUUCCUGCCUCAUAGGAUUGUUGUAGAGAUACCAUGAGUACUGAAUUGAGUUUCUUGGAAGCAGGACGUUCCAAAAGUAAUUGACAGAAAAUGUGUUCUACCAAGUGUAUACUAUCUAGCAGGGAACUAUGGCCAAGUUCAACUCUCCAGUGGAUAAGCAUAGGCCUGUAGCAGAAAAUGUAAAUGUCUUCUUUUUAUUUUUUUAUAUACAUAUAAAAUGGGGGACGGGGUUGUGCAGUAACCUAAUGCAUUGAAGCAGAUGUCCCACAUUAUCUUCUUUUCAUUAAGGAAAAGCCUGUUUAUUGAUCAGCACUUUAAAGUAAGGUUUCUUGAUGUCAUAAUUUAAAAAAUGAUGGCACAGUAUUCUUUCUUGUUUCAUUUAUUUCAUUAUACUUUUAUGUAUCUCAAGUCAUCUUAAUGGCUAUGGCAUUGCUUUCAAAGGCCUGUAAAGAAUAAUUUUUUUUCUGCUGUGUUUCUGUGACACUUAAAGGUAAAAUAUUUUUAAAAUAUUGACUUCAAUGUUAUUUCAUAAAAUGCUGAGAAUACUAAAGUGUAUUAAAUUGGCAAGUUGAUUUUUAAUUACA